ACUGCAUUAAAACGAUGUCAGGUCGUAUAAUUAAAAUGCGUCAGGCACUUUUCGAUCGCCUUACAGAACUCAAGACGCCUGGCACAUGGGAUCACAUUGUCUCACAAAUUGGCAUGUUCUCAUACACGGGAUUGAAUGAAAAACAAGUGCGCGUGCUGAUCGAUGAAUUCCACGUUUACUUGCUGAAAUCGGGACGCAUUAACAUGUGCGGUCUCAAUGAGAACAAUGUCGAUUAUGUGGCCAACGCUAUACACACGGCUGUUACAAAAACUUUGUAAUUGAAGUGAAAGUUUAUGCACGCAUUUAGAAAGAGAAUUAUGACAAAAAGCGAACAAAAUUUUGAUAUUUAGCGAAAUUUUAAAAUUCAAUGGCUUUCAAAUAAGUGUACACACAUUAACUAAUUAGGGAAUGUUUAUUAAGAUGUACAAUGUACAAACAAACAAACAUUUAAGAUGCUAGUAGUUAAUAGACAGCAGUCCAAUAACAUCAUCCAAGCAACAACAAAACAACUGAAUAAC